GGUCCUGUGGAGAGCGUUGUCCUUUUUCUUUAGCUUAUUUAUUUAUUAUUUCUAUUUUAACAGUGGAGAGCUAAAACAUCGUUAUUGUCCCCACGAUGAAAUCUAAGGGGGGGACUAUGGAUCUGACUCCGUCCGUUCGUACGUUAGUCACAAAAUAUCUCAGACACCUCUGGCCCAAUUUUGACGAAACUUGGGUGAAUGACAGAGAUCCGACAUUUAAAAAAAUUACACUGAUAGGCCCAAGGGGGGCGCUACAGUAAUCAACUGACGUUCCAAACUUUGAACAAGUAUAUUUGCUGUCCCGUUUGAGCUUGAAUUGUUAUCACUAAUUGGCCCAAAGGGGGGGCACUGCAUCAUUCGUGGGGAACAACAUGUUUACUGUUGCCUUGUUUUGGUUGUAAGUGACAAUUUGACAAAUAGAGAGCUUGGGAGACUUCAAGGUUCUAAUGAAGUUAGUUCGAUUGAAGUUCCUUGCCUCUUCCGCUCUGGAAGUUCAUCGUCUACCAUAAAUUCAAGACCAAAAGGCUUGCGCACUCAUGCUUGGGGUUACGGUAGUCUUAUGGUGAUGUUUUCACUCACCUCUGACGCACGUCCAAAGACCCGCUGAAAUUCAAAGUAGGAGAGGCGUCGAAUAAACAAAAAUCGUUUGAAUUUUCACCACAGUUGAUGCCCAGUCGUGACUUGUUUGCCCCAGUUAUUGCCUGACCUUCACGGACACUUCUGUUGAGGAGCAUGGAUAGGGAACAUCGACGUUGGUUGUCGACAGAUUUGAAGAGACCGAGAGACCCUCUGUCUAACACAGAGGAUAAUGUCCCCUCAUCGUCAGAGGUCAAUGAUGUUCAGAAGAGGCGUCGCCUGAAGUUGUUGGGCGAGGAGAACGUCAGCCCUGACAAGAAGUCUUCAUCAAGAGACCGCCUCCGCUGUGCAGAGCUAGAGGUGAAGCCAGACACCCCUGCUCUCUGCUCUGUCCGCUCCAGAGUACAGCAACUAACCCAGAGACGUGAGGGGGGGCCUCUACUGGCUCAGAGAUGCCUCUCUGAUCCAGGGUCUGGGGUACCAUCCAUUAUAAUCCAGGAUGGAUUCAAAGAGCACCAUCUUAUUGGUGAGGCAGAAUUCAGCUCACGGGUGGAGCGGUUUAAAGCCCCCACCACCCCUCCGGCCAGCCCUCUGCCAGGCAACCGGUGCCCCCGUACCCUCUCCAACGCCGUUACCAACUUACAGCUUAAACUCGAGGACAGUAAUACGCCCAGCUCCAAGCAAGCCUCCCGUAUACGCCAGGAAAGGGAGGAGGAGCUGUGUCUCCUAAGGGCCCAGCCAAUCGCAGAGAAUGUCUUCCUAAAGCGAAGCUUCUCUGAUUCCUCACUGGCUGAAAGGGUGACCCCACCUGUCUCAUCCUCCCCUCGGAUGAUGGUUGGACGUAGCAGGAGACUGCAGUGGCCACCGUUCCAACCAUGGAAUGCAGACCUCAAUGUGACUGGUGAUGAGCCUCUCUGGGUGAAGGACGGCAGCUUUACUGAGACUUCUGUCACUGCUAAGAUCCAUGGAGUGGCGCCUCCGAUCCAAGACACUGCUCCAUCAGACAGAGAACAGGAAGACUCUGAGCUGCUUAGAGAUGAGGAACAGACUUGUGAACUGCAGUCAGAGGCAAGAGAGCUAAAGAAAGUCACCUUUACCCUGGAGCCAGAAAUGAUCAGUGACUCGGCCCUGUGUGAGCUGGACUCCUCAUCUAGCUGGAGAAGAGCGAGUAUGUCAGAGGCUGAGCUGAGCUCUCCAGAUGAAACCAACACUGCUGAGACGAUUGACCUGAUGUUUGAGGAUGUGGUGGAGGCUGCUGCCCAGGGAAGGAUGGAAGAGGAGGAGGGCACUGAGGAUCACGACAGUGGCAUAGCCACAGUGAUGUGCAGAAAGGAGAAAACGGACACCGAGUUGGACAAGGCGAAAGCUGAGGAGGGUGAAGACCUGGAAGAGACCAGGGAACUGGACUCCAGUGCAGAUGAGCUGCUGACCCUCCCACCCAGCUGCAUCCUCUCUCCUCUCAGCAAGUCUGUGGAAGCUGUGGUCACCCCUAUGAGACUUGCAGCCAGUCAGCCAGCCAACCUUCCAUCUCUGAGUCCUGAAGAGCUGACCACUCCCCCUGCCGACAGUUCCCCUCUCUACAGCAUCGAUGCCUACCGUACCCAGAGACGGAGCACCAAGCCAGCCAUUCAGAGUGUAACCCCAGGGGUGCAAAGGCGUGCCGCUGAGAAGUCCCGCCCCCAGCACGCUGUCAACACCAAGGACAGGAUCAUGGUUCUGAAUGAGGAGGCUGCCAAGCUGCAGACGGUCAUCAAUCAGACGUUGCAGGCCCUGAGCUGCUGCACUGACGAGGACCACGGCAGGGGUUCCCUGGAGGAGGCAGAGGCUGAGAAACUACUGCUUGUCUCCUGUGAGAAGCGGGCAGCCCUGCUGGCUGAGGUGACCAGGCUGAGGGAGAGGGGGAGCUCAGUCUCAGAGGAGCUAGAGGGGGGUGAUGGUGAGGGGGACUCCAGAAUGUCCCAGAAGCCCUGCAGGGGCACACUCCACAUCAACAGUGUCCAGCUCCCUCUCAAGGUGGAGUUUAUCUGCUCAGCCCGCACACGAACAGGUCGCCCCACUCAUUAUUUCUUUGUCCUGAUUCGCUAUGGACACUGCAACAUUGUUGCGACCCCAUUGGCCACUGCAGCGGACGCCCAGAAUGGAGACACCAUCUCCUUCCCCACCUCCAUCACCCUGCAGGACAUUCGCUCUAACUUUGAGAUUGAUGUGGAGGUCUACAGCCUGUCCCACACCUCAGGGAACAUCUGCAAUGUGGAUCUCCGCAGCUCCUCCAGGUCAAGGGUCACCCCAAGGAAGCUUCUAAGCACCAUCAAGAGAUCCAACCACAGUGUGACAUCUUCUAUCAUGCCGGCCCUGAACACCCGGCGCACCAGCCAUUUCUCUCUGGUUGGUUCUCACAAGAUCUCCCUGGCCUCCCUGGGCCAGAGCAAGUUCCCCCUGGACAAGAUGAAGUUUGAAGGCAAAAUCAGGAGACUCCUGGGAGAUGAGUUUCAGGAAAAGGUACCCUUCCUAUCUCCACUAGAGGGAAACAUCUACCUGCGACUGGACAGCGAUAGCCACUCUAACGUCCAGCACCAGGGCUUCCUUACCAUGUUUGAGGUGGUGAAUGAAUUUGGAGCUUGGCAUCGACGCUUCUUUGUCCUGGAGGGAAACCACAUGUCCUAUUGGAACCACCCCAAUGACAGGGGCAGCAAGGUAGCAGAAGGCAGCAUCUCUCUGUCUAGUUCUUCUAGUCAGAGUGUGAAGCCAGUGAAGAGGGACUCCUGUGCUCGCCCUUAUACUUUUGAACUGGUCAGCGGCAUCCAGACUGCACAACAGGAUGACCAGAGCGCUCUGGCCAAGUGCUGGUUCGCAGCAGAUACGCGGGAGGAUCGAGGGGACUGGAUGGAGAAGCUGAACCAGGUUCUCCUGGACCUGCAUACCUGGACUCGCCAAGCCCUGAACCAUGCUGGAGCACAGCCUAACACUCAGGCCAGCAGUGGGAACAUAAGGGAGAGCAGUUUGUAACGCACUAUUAUAUAAUGCUAUCUAUCUCUCUUCAUCUCUCUCGCUCUCGGUAAUAUUAGUGUCCUAGUAGGACCCUAAAGGGACAUGAUGAAUGUAGCUGCUGUCUGUAGACUCUGUAGUUAACCUACCUAUUUACUGUCAUUCUCUUUUUGUAUGUGGAUGUUAUCAGCUAUCUGUCAACAUUCUUAUAUGCACUUGAUUGAUGAAGGUACUACAAGUAAAUAAUAACAAUAAUAGUGUACACUAUCUGAUUAAUUUGUUUUGAGUCCCUGCAGUUUGCGUGGCAUUUUCUUGUCAUAUAUAUAUAGAAUCUCUUUAUGAAUUCUUAUGAUUACCAUUGGGAGGUUCUUUUAUAUGUGGUGAUAUUUUUGCCUUACCUUGGAUUUGUCACUUUGAAUAGCUCUUUGAAAUAGAGCUCCAUCUUGUGGCCUAUAAGCAUUAUAUACUAUUUAACUGAACUUGAUGUGGAUAAUUGAAUAAAUCCAUAUAAUCUAGAAACACAACUGAAUAAGUAUCAAAGCUAGUGCAGAAGAGCCCUAACACUAAACGGAUGAUUAGUCCAAUAGUGUAGUUGUAAUUCUGAUAAGCCUACAAAGACCGACAUGUCUACUGGACAAAAUUAUUUCAGUACUACAGCAUUGCUGUAAUACCCUCUAAAGUGUAGAAAUAUGUCUCUCAGAAAUAAUAUAGUCUACCUAAAAAAACGAAAAACCUACCUAUUCUAAAAACUCAUUAAUUUAGUGAUUCAAGUAGAAUUGCAGUGCAAGUUGAGUUAUAGUAUUGUACUUGACAAACUGAGGUAUCUGCUAUGAGGUUGAAAAUACUGACCAUUCAUUAGUUACAUUCUUUGUGUUCCUUCAUUCAAAAUCUAGUGCUGUGUUGUGCAAAACACAACAGGGGCCAGACCACAAAGAUGGUAGCUACCCAGGCAAGGCAAAGGAGAGUAUAGAAUGAUGUUUAGCUGAAGGAGAUGUUCCGUAUAAUAUUUGCCUCAUCUGACGAAGAUAAAUCCUAGUAGGACCCUAAAGGGACAUGAGGAAUGUAGCUGCUGUCUGAAGACUCUGUAGUUAACCUACCCCCCCUCCUCCCCUCCCCUGAUGUAUUUACUGUCAAUCUGUCAUUCUCUUUUUGUAUGUGGAUGUUAUCAGCUAUCUGUCAACAUUCUUAUAUGCACUUGAUUGAUUGAAGGUACUACAAGUAAAUAAUAAAAUGGCUAUUAGUGUA